GGAGCAGGGAGCCCGAUGCGGGGCUCGAUCCCAGGAUCCUGGGAUCAUGACCGAAGCUGAAGGCAGACGCCCGACGACUGAGCCACCCAGGUGCCCCUCACUGAGUUUAUUUUUAACGUUUAAAAAAACACUUGACAGUCUCAGCGGAAUUCUCCAGGAUGGGGGACAAACCAAGAAAAAGAGAAAACAGAGCCAGAAAUGGAAGGAGGUAGGGAGGAUGAAGUAAGGACACAGACAGAAAGUCGGCGCGGGGAAGAUUCGAGAGAAAGGAAGCAGAAAGCCAGCUUUGGGCACAGGCAGCCUCCAGCGCCCCCGGCUGGCCUCUAUGCGCAGCGUCCUCGACGCCAAACUACAUUUCCCGGCGGCCCUGGGAGGGCCCGGCGCAGGGUUCAGAGCGCCGUCGGGGGCGGGCCCCACGCGGACUCCGCCAAUCUCGGCAGUCGCCGGCAAUCUUCCGCCCCCGCCGGGAAUAUGGAGGCUGAGCUCGGCCGCCUCCGGAAAGGGGCGCUCUAAGGCAGGAGAUGGGGAAGAGCUGAAGCAGCCGGCCCGCGUCGCGGUCCGGAGGCAGAGGCAGGUAUGGCAGGAGAGGCCAAGAGGCUGCCAUUGUAGGCACAUUGGUAGCUACUGUGGAUAGGCCCUGGGGAGAGACCUCAUCAAGGUGCAUGGCUCAGGGAGGCGGAAUGAAGACAACUCCUCGGCUGCAAGUGUCGGGGAAGGCACCCCUUGGUGGGAUUGGCCUCCGCCACAGUGCCAAGCGGGACCGAAAGUCCAUCACCCUGCAUGUGAAGUUAGAGGUGCUCCGGAGGUUUGAGGAAGGUGAGAAGCUGACUCAGAUUGCCCGGGCCCUGGGGCUGGCCACCUCUACCGUCGCUUCGAUCCGUGUCAACAAGGACAAGAUCCGGGCCAAUUCUCAGGCAGCCACCCCUGUCAGCGCCACACAGCUGACCCGCUGCCGGGGUGUGGUGAUGGGCCAUAUGGAACGCUUGCUGAGCCUGUGGAUUGAGGAGCAAAAGCGGCAGAACCUGCCCAUCAGCACACUGCUCAUCCAGGACAAGGCACGACGGCUCUUUGUGCAGCUGCAGCAUGAGCAGGGUAAUGGCACUCAGGCUGAGACCUUUGGGGCCAGUAAUGGCUGGUUUGCCCGAUUCAAGGCUCGCCACAAUGUGCUUUUGACAGAUGAGCCAUCGGUGGCUGACACCCAGGCUGCUGCCCACUACCCCCCAGUGCUGCGCACCAUUCUGGAGGAGGGCUGCUACUCACCACGCCAGGUCUUCAAUGUGGAUGAGACGGGCCUGUUCUGGAAGCGGCUCCCGGAGCGCAUGCUGCUGGCCCUGGAAGGGGCAGCUGGGCCUGGCCUCAAGGCCUCCAAGGACCACCUGACUCUGCUGCUUGGUGGCAAUGCAGCUGGUGAUUUCAAACUGAAGCCCCUGCUGGUGUACCCUUCAGAGAACCCGCGUGCCCUCAAGGGCUGCUCCAAGGCCAGCCUUCCUGUGGUCUGGCGCUCUAACCGCAACGACUGGCUGACACCCAGCAUCUUCCAGGAGUGGUUUACUGGCUGCUUCUGCCCUGCCGUGGAGAGCUACUGUGCCAGCCACGGCCUCCCACACCGUGCCCUGUUGCUCUUGGAUGGCGCGCCCUGCCACCCUGCUCAUCUGGGUGGCCUCUCAGCCCAUGUGCGAGUUGAGUUCCUGCCCAAGAACACAUCGGCCCUGAUCCAGCCCAUGAACCAGGGUGUCAUUGCCACAUUCAAGGCCUGUUACCUGCGCCGCACGCUCAGCCAGCUGGUCCAGGAGACAGCUGGGGAAGACCGGCCCUCUGUGCGGGAGUUCUGGCGCAGCUACACUGUUGUGACUGCUGUGGACAAUAUAGCCGAAGCCUGGGCAGAGCUGCAGCCUGCCACCAUGAAUGGUGCCUGGAGGAAGCUCUGGCCCGAGUGUGUCCCCCCUGGCACCCCCGAGCCUGACACUGUGCCUCAGCUCCGUCGCAGCAUUGUUGCACUAGCCAGCCAUGUGGGCCUUGGAGAUGCAGCUGAGGCCGAUGUCGCCAGCCUCCUGCAGGCCCAUGGGGAGCCCCCACCCCACGGCAGCCCCCAGGAUGCAGAGGAUGGGGACAUCAGCAGCUCUGGGUUGCCCUGGGAGGCAGGGAAAGGCUCAGUCUCCAGAAAACCAGAGCCAGAUUUCACAGAGGCUGUGGUGGGUGCGGGGACCGAGGAAGCUGAUGUGGGUGCUCUGAGCACCGAGCACCUGGCCCAGGCCCUGUCUCACUUUGCUGCUGGUUUACGGGUCCUCAUGGAGAAUGAUCCAAACCGGGAACGCAGCCUCCGGGUGUCCCGGGGUGUCCAGUGUGCCCUUGCCCGCCUCCGGGAGCUGCACCGGGAAAGGAGGCGACAGGCCCGGGCAGUUGCAUCCUUAGGGGGCCCCACGGCAGUGGCAACAAGGGAUUUGGCAGGAAAGCUGCCCUUGCCCCAAGUGGGGCCCAUAGAGGGUGGGGAUGUGGCUAAGGGCACUGGUCAUGAAGGUCAGAGCUCUGGCUGUCCUGUAUGAUUUGGGGCUUGGGCUUGACCUCACGUGAUCUCUCUCUAAUGAUGUUUUGUUUCUGGAGGUCAGAUACUGCUAC